AUGAGCAACCCACUGGGCUCUCCUCUGUCGCUAUCAACUCUCCCACCAGCCACUCGUGCGGUCCUCACCUCGUCCACGGGAACAAAUCCAUCAAACUCUACAAAUUCUAACCCUAGCUCACCAGCCAGCACGAGCUCCCACGGCGCACUAUCGCACGAAGGAUAUGCUCAAAACUCUGGACGCACCCCACGGCCUGGCACAAGUCUGAUCAAUAUCAACGCUGCCUCGAAUACAACUUCUGGAUCUAGAUCUAAUCAAUACCCCGGAGAACACGUCGCUAAUUACGAACCCUUGACAUACGGUGUCCCCGACGACGGAGACGAGCUCGCCAGCCCAAGUCCGAGCCUAAGCUCCUCUGUCUAUCGCUCACAACAAUAUCACGCUUAUAGCUCGCAACUCCGGCAUUCUCCCAGUGCCCAGUUGCAAGCUAAUCGAGCCGCGGCGGGUCUGAGCUCGAUGCCACUCGACCCCUAUUCGCCUUCCAACGGCCACAUUCUACACACAAAGGGUAGUAAUCUCUCGUCAAACACUUUUAUUGCCGCAUCACCUAGAGAUCGUGACCCGUCACGGGACAGAGAUCGAGAGGACGCAUCCCUUCUCUCUGCACCAACCGUGGCUACGCCUACUCCAGGUCAUAUGACGCCGUUUACACCAUCUAUCACUGCAAACCAGGCAUCAAAUCCUGAACGCCAGUCCACGCCCAGAGCAGCCCCCGAUACGUCAUCCUCGACAAAUGCUACAUUGCAAGCCUCGCAGACUGCGCCCUCGGGGCAUGCAGCUCAUCCAAACGUUGCACGUGCCAAGGGAGCUGCCUCUUCCGCCUCUGGGAGCACACAAACUCCGAGGGCGAGUAGUCGAAAGACUGCCAAUGGUCGAGAGCGAGAACGAGAUCGCGAAGACGGACACUCGUCUCGGCGUCCGAAGAUACGGACCCACCCUCGAUUGCCUCAUGGUCCUGCGGACCCAGCGCCUCCGACGCUCAUGUACUGGAGUCUUGCUCCUGUCUAUGGGCAAUUACCGACAAGGAGCAUGCGAGCGCACAGUGUAACGCUCGUGGAAAAUAGUGCGUGGCUCUUUGGAGGGUGCGAUGAGCGAGGUUGUGCUCGGGAUGUUUGGUGUUGCGACGUUGAGACCUUUCAAUGGACCCACCCCCCGCUGACGGGGGAUAUACCACCACCUUGUCGUGCCCAUACAGCUACUUUGGUCGAUGGGAAGCGCAUCUUCAUCUUUGGAGGUGGCGAGGGACCAACAUAUUACAAUAGUCUAUACAUUUUGGACACUCAAACGCGAAGGUUUACAUGGGUUCCAUGUGGUCAAAAGCCCGGAACGAGCGUUGGCGGCUUAAACGCGUCUUCACCACAGCAAGCGGAGUCUCCCUCGACGAAUCCUAAUCAACUACCAACGCCGAAUCCAUCUACACCAUCUAAAGCGCACAAUACCUUGCCGAGUACACCAUCGAAUACGCCGCCACCAAUGCCGCUCCCUCGGCGUGCGCAUACUGCAGUGUUGUACAAGCACAAGCUUUACAUAUUCGGUGGCGGGAAUGGGAUCAAGGCGCUUAAUGAUGUUUGGAGCUUGGAUACGAGUGUGCCUAUUGACAGGAUGCGAUGGGAGCAGGUGCAUACUCAGGGGCAAAAGCCCGGACCGAGGGGCUACCAUACAGCUAAUUUGGUUGGUAAUAUCAUGAUUGUCGUGGGCGGUAGCGACGGAAGGGAUUGCUUUUCGGAUAUCUGGGUUCUCAACCUGGAUACAUUUGUGUGGACUUUGAUCGACACGGACACGGAGCACAAGCGGUUAUCUCAUAGCUCGACUCAAGUGGGAUCCUAUCUUUUCAUUAUGGGCGGGCAUGAUGGUGUCAAGUAUUCUAGUGACCUGCUCCUUUUCAAUCUCGUCACGUUGCAGUACGAGCACAAGGUCACAAUGGGACGUCCACCCCCUGCCCGAGGAUAUCACAUCUCGCUCUUGGCUGACGCCAAGUUAUUCGUGUUUGGCGGAUUUGAUGGACACUCUGUCUACGACGACGUGUGGAUCCUCGACCUCGCGGGGGCGGCCUACCUCCCACAAGUCACCAGCUUUGCAUUGCUCAUCGACGGAAACUCUUAA